CUGUCCAGCUUCGAGAUCUCGCCCUCCUCCCGCCUCCCCUCCCCCCUCCUCGCCGACUUGGGUUGCAAGGUUGCUGCCACAGAGACCGAAUUGCGCGUCGGAUUGUGCGAUUGCCACUUGAAACCUGCAAGUAGGUUCUUUUGUAUUGACUCUGUGCAUCCUGUUCAUCUGGCGAAGCGAGCGCAGCAAUCACUCCCGAAUCGCAUCCUCGACUCGACCAAGCCGUACCUUGCCAAGCACCGACUCGACACUUCCAAGCGCCAUCUACGACUCCUCCACAGACCGUACUGCGCAUAUUUCUCCUCUUCAAGGCCUUUACUUGCAGCCAUUGCAUUUUUGUACUGCCAGUCACAGCCAUGCCGACCAGGAAGCAGAAGGAGGAGCCCGAGGAGGCCAUGAGCGCCUUCGAGCGCAUGCGGCAGGAGAACAUUGCACGUAACCAGAGCCUCCUUAAGGACCUGGCCCAGGUGUCGAAUAAGAUGAUGCCUGCCAAGCCCAAGCCUGCCCCGAAGCCCCGGUCCGCGCCGGUCAAGAAAGAGGCUGUUGAAGCUCCCGCCGGUCCCGUCCGUCGCAGUGCCCGAGUCGCAGGCCUUGACGCCGAUAAUGAGACGCUCAAACGCAAGUACGAGGUCGAGCUGGAGGAUCAAGCCGCCAAGGAGAAGGCGAAGAAGAAGCGUGUUGGCGGCACUCUGAGCUUGGGCGACAUUGCCGUCGAAGGGAAAAAGUUCAACAAGGGCAUCGAUGGCCUGGGUGCGCUGGUGCCUCGCGGCGCCCAACCCGGAGUCCCGACCUUCACUGACGAGGAUGUUGAAAACACAUCAGACAAGGAUCUCAAGGAUCUUCGGAAAAAGAUGGGGAAGCUCGAGCUGUACGACAAGUGGAUUCCUAACGACAUCAAGAUAUGCCCUCAACGGAUAUACGCGUCGACAUUCCAUCCUACCGAGGAGAAGGCAGUCAUCUUUGCCGGCGAUAAGGAAGGCGCCCUCGGUGUAUUCGAUGCUUCACAGGACGGGCCGCCGGAGAGCAAUGACGACGACGAGGAAGCGGCAGAAUGGAAGGAGCCCGAGAUUGGCGCUUACAAGAUCCAUGCGCGGACCAUUACAACCAUCAUUGUUUCUCCCUUUGACAACCAAAAGGUCUAUACGUCGUCCUACGACUCCACAGUCCGUGUCCUUGAUCUUGCCAAGGACAUGUGUGUCCCGGUCUGGGAGCCCGCGGACAAGGAGGAGGAUGUUCCUCUGUCGGCCAUCGACAUCCCUUUGACUGACCAGAACCUCGUCUACUUCUCGACCCUGGACGGAGCCGUAGGUCGAGUGGACAUUCGAGACCCCAAGGGUACGGAAACAUGGUCACUGUCGGAUAACAAGAUUGGCGGCUUUUCUCUGAACCCUCGGGAGCCGCACCUGCUGGCCACGGCCUCUCUGGACCGCACCGUCAAGAUUUGGGACCUGCGUAAGAUUACUGGCAAGGGUGAAAUGCGCUUCCCUGCGAUGCUCUAUGAGCACAACUCCCGCCUCUCAGUCUCCCACGCCUCUUGGAGCCCCGGCGGCCACAUUGCGACAUCGUCGUACGACGAUACCAUUAAGAUCUACAACUGGUCCGACCACGAGACCUGGGACUCGGAGGGCAUGGAGCCCGCCAACAUCGUCAAGCAUAACAACCAGACGGGUCGGUGGGUGACCAUCCUGAAGCCCCAGUGGCAAAAGCGCCCCCAAGAUGGCAUUCAAAAGUUCACCAUCGGCAACAUGAAUCGUUUCGUCGACGUGUACGCUGCCAACGGGGAGCAGCUCGCUCAGCUCGGGGGCGACGGCAUCUCGGCCGUCCCAGCCGUUGCUCAGUUCCAUCCUACGAUGGACUGGGUCGCCGGUGGCACAGCCAGCGGGAAGCUCUGUCUCUGGAUGUGAGGCGUUGCCUUUGGCCAUCUGUUAUCUGUUUGGCACUAUUUCAGGGCAUCCUCGCAAGACCC